CCUCAUGGGUGCUAUUUUGUAAUCUCAGACUCUUGCUAUUGGUCAGUCCAUGAUCAGAUGGUUCUAUUUCCUUGUGUCCCUCGCUGGCACCCAGCCAUCCCCCUUCAGCUAAAACCCAAUCUCCGAUAUACUACUAAUAGCUAAACCACUUGGACUAUAAAACACAACAAAUCAUAAAGCCAGGAAAGGACGGCUGCCUCCUCUCAAUGAGUUCUUAUUUUGUCAAUUCUACCUUCCCGGUGAGCCUGGCUGCUGGACAGGAGCCCUUCCUGGGACAAAUCCCGUUAUAUGCCUCAGGAUAUGCGGAUCCUUUAAGACACUACCCCGCUACCUAUGGAGCCACUAGCGUCCAAGAUAAGGGUUAUCCCUCCUCUUCUUAUUACCAGCAAGCUAACGGAGCUUACAGCCGGACCACAGCGUGUGACUAUGGGACAGCUGGUUUUUACAGAGAGAAGGACCCUGUCUGUGCCACCUCAAACCUAGAUGACCAUGUUCAGUUUGCCCCAGAUCAGCGGAAGUCAGACUGCGCACAGACCAAAACUGUUUUCGGGGAAAGCGAUGACCAGAAGUGCUCUACUCCCGUCUACCCCUGGAUGCAGCGGAUGAAUUCUUGCAACAGUUCAUCUUUCGGGCCAAGUGGCAGGAGAGGCCGGCAAACCUACACCCGCUACCAAACCCUGGAACUGGAGAAGGAGUUCCACUUCAACCGCUAUCUGACCAGGCGUCGCCGGAUCGAAAUCGCACACGCACUUUGCCUGACAGAACGCCAGAUCAAAAUCUGGUUCCAGAACCGGAGGAUGAAAUGGAAAAAGGAAAACAAACUGCUCAACUCCACGCAGCUGAGCGCGGAGGAGGAGGAGGAGAAAGCAGCGGAGUGAAAGUAUUAUUUAAGAGAAAGAGAGAAAUAUCCCAACAGUUGGAGGAGGUAGAGGGUGGUGGGGGGAAGGGUUGGAGUGGAAGAGAAAAAUGCACCCCAAGGGGUGCACCCUUUGUAAAAUAACCGAGACGGUUUGAAGGUGGCGAGCCACCAACAUACAUUUGCACCGUUGGACUCGUGUUCAGUUAAUCUGUCGUGUCAAAACAAAAAUCAGGCUUCUAGUUGAGGUUUCCCCCCCUUCUAUUCCUCCAAAUGUAAUAUAAAAUAAUAAUAAUAAUUUGGAACUCUUACCUGUGUUUCUGCCCUUGGUGUCACUGUUAGUAACCCGCUAACUCUUGUAUUUAAUGGAGGUGCUGCAAUAUAUGUCAUUUUUGGUGUUUAUUGUCUUAAUUUUGUAAACUGUUUCAUGCACGAUUGACUUAUAGAUUCCCCCCCUUCCCGGUUGUUUUUUCUUUUGGUAAAUUAAUCAAACCCUGGGGUCUUUGUAAUUAGUUUCUUUUGUUUUUGUUUUUUUAAAGAGAAAACCUACUGAAGGAACAAAUACUACCUGAAAGGAUGCAAAAGCAACAACAACAACAAAAAAAAUUAUAUUUUAUUAAUUUUUUGUACGUGUCGUGUUUGUAGUUUGUCUUAGGUAUGGCCAUGGAAUACCCUAAUAAAAGCAAAGUAUUCGGACUCA